CCAACAAAACUCAUGGCAAAACCUCAUGUUAUAGUAAUACCAUACCCUGCACAAGGCCAUGUUAUUCCAACAUUAGAGCUUGCUCAAUGUUUAGUCACACAAGGAGUCAAAGUCACCUUUAUUAACACAGAAGUUAGUCACAAUCUAGUGACAAACAAUUGUUUAGACAAAGAUGGUUUUGGUGGUCUGAUGCAGAUGGUCUCACUCCCUGAUGGGUUAGAGCCAUGGGAUGACAGGAGUGACCCUUGUAAGCUGGCCUUGUCAAUAUUGCAAACCAUGCCACUCAAGCUUGAAGAACUAAUAGUGAGGAUUAACAAAGAAGAAGAGAGCAGUAGAGUAAGUUGUGUUAUUGCUGAUGAUUGCUUGGGAUGGGCUAUAAAAGUGGCAAAGAAGAUGGGAGUUAGAAGAGCUGCCUUCAGGCCUGCCUCAGUUGCUACUUUGGCCACCAUAUUGUCUUGUCAGAAAUUGAUUGAUGAAGGGAUUAUAAACAAGAAUGGCAUACCUCUAAGUGAUGAGAUGAUUCAACUAUCUGAAACCAUGCCACCUAUAAAACCUCAAAACCUUGCAUGGGCAUGCUUUGAGGACUCAACUAUCACACAAGUAUUUUUUAAAUUUGUAGUACAAACCGAAGAAGCUUCUAGACUGAUCGAAAGAUUUAUAUGCAACUCGUGUCCUGAGCUUGAGGCUGCAGCAUUCAGCAUGUACCCGCAGCUGCAACCGAUAGGCCCACUCCUCGCUAGAAACCGACUAGCUGACCAAGCAGGCCAGUUUUUGCAAGAAGACACCACCUGCUUAACAUGGCUUGAUCAACAACCACCAUGUUCAGUCAUUUAUGUUGCAUUUGGGAGCUCCACUACUUUCAACCAAACUCAGUUCGAAGAACUGGCACUUGGUCUAGAACUUAGCAAUAGACCGUUCUUGUGGGUGGUGCGACCGGGUAUGACCAAGGAGACUGCAACUGGUUACCCGGAUGGGUAUGUCAAAGCAGUCGGUUCGCGUGGAAGAAUUGUGAAAUGGGCACCGCAACAGAAGGUCUUGGCUCGUCCUUCGGUUGCAUGUUUCAUGAGUCACUGUGGUUGGAACUCGACUUUAGAAGGUGUCACAAACGGAGUGCCUCUUUUGUGUUGGCCACAUUUUUGUGAUCAGUUUCAGAACGCGAGUUACGCUUGUGACAUCUGGAAGACUGGAUUGGAGUUUGAAAAGGAUGAAGAAGCGGGUAUUGUUACUCGAAUAGAGAUAAUAAGUAAGGUGGAGCAGUUGUUGAGUGACAAAACAUACAAAGUUAAGGCGUUAGAGAUUAAAGAAAAGGUUACUAGUAGUGUUAGUAAAGGGGGGUACUCACACAGAAAUCUUGACAGUUUUGUCCAGUGGAUACAUAAGAACGAUGCAGAUGCCAAGGAUGAACCUGACUUUAUGUGAACAACUGAUCAACAUGAAUUUAUAGAACAGGUUUUGGUGGAAUAGGGGGAGGGGUGGUGAAACAAGAUGGUGACAAUAAUGAAUAAAUGUUUUAGUGAUUUGAAUGAUUUAUAGAAUAUUUACAAAUAUAGAGUUAUUAGUGGUGUGCACGGUUCGGUUCGGUUAUUAGCAUUAUCCGUAACCGUAACCGAAGUCAUCCGUUAAUCGGUUCGGUUAAUUCAGUUAA